AAAUGGAUGCCAAAAUCUAUCAACAAAAGCCGUGAAAAGAAGCGAUUGGAUGUGCGGGUUUCUAUCGUCUACGUAAAUGACGUAUUUACACUGAAGAAACACAAUUUUGCAGCCAACAAUAAUUUGUAGCUGCCAUUUUGCCACAGCAAGUUUUGGUCUACACAAGUUGAAAGGCACCUGAGCAAUUUUCAAUGUUGUCAAGCUGAAAAUGUCAGACCCCGGAGACCAGGGCCUUAAGACCUUAGAGGCUGAUUUGGCAGACACAACCACAACAGUGACAGACUCUGAUAACAGUCAGUCUUCAACAGGCGCCCCUCCUGAUAUCACACAGAUUGCAUCAUCUUUUGAAGAUGAAAAUGAGGCUUACUGCAGUGACCCACCUGAUCUAAAUCCAGAAGAUUCAGACUUGGAUAAAAUUGACCAUCUUCCUAAAACUGUUUCUGUCACUGAUACUUUAGAAAUCACUGAUAGCAAUGGUCCACCUGAUUUAACAAACUCAGAAGAUUUUGAUUACGGUAGUAACCAGGAGGUAUUGGGAAUAGAAGAACCUGAUUUCCCGGAUGUUAUUGAAGCAGAAGUAUGCAAUACAGACACUGGUGAUUCAGUAAAUAUUGAAAGUGAGACAUUUUUAUCAGCUCACUCGCCACAAGACUCGUGUCCAUUUAUAUCAGAAUCUGGAACAGACAUCUCUUUGGCUCAAGAAGUUUCAAAAACUUACCAGCUCAAUAGAUUUUCUGAGUCCCGUUAUAGUGAAACUCUGUUAGCUGUUGCUCCUGAUGAUAUUUUAUCUGUACGUCCAGGAGAUAUUUUACCUGUACAGGGAGCUCAACAGAUAAAUGUUCAUUUACAGCAGCAACAACUGCUACCAAUUAAACGUGGACCAGGUAGACCAAGGAAAGAUGGGAUAGAGUUUCUGCCUAAAAAGAAAACGAAAAUAAAAAGUAGUAUCAAGGGAAUACACAGCAUGUCACAGCAUCCUAGCAGUAACUUCUCUCAGAUGGAAGUCCUUGAUAACAGUAGUCAAGGAUCCUCCUCUCUAGGAGAAAUAUCUUCAGAAAUCAAUAUGGAAAACUUUGGUAUGUCAGAAGAAGAAUCUAAUUGUAUGUAUCAGUUAGAGGAAGGUGUGGAUAUUCCUUUAAGGAUGUGCAGCUUAUGUAAUUUGGCUGAAAGAAGUUUAUUAGGACAAGGUGAUAUUUGUCGAUAUGAGCCAACACCUGGUUUUGAUCCAUCCAAACAAACAUUGUCAAAAUUAGAUAAAAAGUUUAGUCCAGAACCUGAAGAAAAAGAUGGAGAAAAAGGUCCAAAGCCUUUGACGUGGAGAAGAAAUAGAGGUCCUGUUAAAGGAAUAAAGGAAAGAAGUAAAUCUCCUAGAAGAUAUCCACAUAAUUGGGAUGAUGAUUCUUGUUUUGUUGGAAAUGAACUGUCAUAUGUUGGUUUUACAGAAGAUUUUGAUACUAGUCAGCUAUUUGAACUUUCAGGACAUGUUUGGGCCCACCACUGUUGUGCUGCUUGGUCUGAAGGAGUGGUCCAGUCCUGUAAUUUACUUUUGUUAUAUGUUGACAAAGCUGUUUUUGGUGGAAUAUCACAGAAAUGUAAUUACUGCCAUAGAUUUGGGUCAACUAUCAAAUGUCGUAUUCAGAAGUGUGAUAAUAUGUAUCAUUAUCCCUGUGCAGCUGCAAGGGGUUGCUUUCAGGAUAUCAAAACCCUGACAUUGCUUUGUCCAGAUCAUACAGAUCAGGCUCAUGCCAUAGCUGCAGAGGAAGCAUUAUGUGUGAUAUGUGACACAGUAGGAAAUGUAUUAGAACAGCUGUUUUGUACCAGUUGUGGACACCACUACCAUAGUAAUUGUCUGAAUCCUGUAGUAUCUUUGACCCCAGAGGUUAGAGCGGGAUGGCAAUGUCCUGAUUGUAAAGUCUGUCAAAAGUGCAGAAAAGCAGGAGAUGACAAUAAAAUGUUGGUUUGUGACACCUGUGAUAAAGGCUAUCAUACAUACUGCCUCAAACCAGUUAUGACAACUAUCCCUAAAAAUGGAUGGAAAUGUAAAAACUGUCGUGUAUGUACAGACUGUGAGUCACGUACUCCAGGAAGUGGUCCAAGUUCUCGAUGGCACCAUAAUUAUUCUGUCUGUGAUAGCUGUUACCAACAAAGAAACAAGGGACUGUUUUGUCCUGUCUGUAGGAAAGCUUACAGACAGUUCACCAGUAAUGCUAUGUUGCUGUGCACUUCCUGCAAAAAACAUGUGCACAGAGGAUGUGAUGAAAACAUAGAGUUGUAUAUGGAUCCUGUAUUAAGAGAGCAGCAACCAGAAUAUGUUUGUAUAACCUGUAAAAAUGGACCUGUGAUGGACAUAGAUCUACCAUCGUAUUCUUUCCCAGGACCACCUGAAGAAAGCAAUGAUGAAUUUAUGAAAGUUCCUAGUGAUGAUUUUAUUAUGAAAGAUCCAGAUUAUGACAUUUCUUCAAUAGGAGACAACUCUUCUCAGUUAGACAGUAACUUUUUCCUGAAUGAGGACUCUGUUUGCAGUAUGGACAUUGACAUCAGUGUUAUAGAAAAGGGGGCACAGCAAUUAGGACAGUCAAGCUAUCCCCAUCCAGAACAUAGCACAGGUGGAAAGGGUGGAAAGCUUAGUGUUAUGAGCAGGAAGAAAUUAGCUGUAGGAAAAACAAGGGGGAGACCACCAUUAGCAGAAAAAAAGAAAAGAACUUCAUCUUUCAGUGAAAGAAAAAGAGGAGCCAAACCCAAACUUAAGACUGGAUUGGGGUCAACAGGACCUCUUGGAGUAGCAAUAACAGUGGGUGAGGCCAAGGUCAAAGAUGAAGAUGAUGAAGAUGACCAUCCUCAAACACUCAUCAUGGCUGAUGCUGAGGAUCACUUUGUUCUUAAUCAGGAUGUGUGUAAAAGUUGUGGAAGUUUUGGUAAAGGAGAAGAAGGAAAGUUAAUUGUGUGUACCCAAUGUGGACAAUGCUAUCAUCCAUAUUGUGUGGGAGUCAAGGUGACUAAAGUUGUUCUCCAGAAAGGCUGGAGGUGUUUGGAUUGUACAGUAUGUGAAGGUUGUGGUAAACCUCAUGAUGAAGGACGCUUGAUCUUAUGUGACGAAUGUGAUAUCAGCUAUCAUAUAUACUGUUUAGAACCACCGUUAGACCAUGUACCUAAAGGCACAUGGAAAUGUAAAUGGUGUGUAAAAUGUGUAUAUUGUGGAACAACAUCACCAGGGUUUGGAUGUCAAUGGCAGAACAAUUAUACCCAAUGUGGACCUUGUAACAGUAAAAUCUGUUGUCCAUGUUGUCGUAGAUCAUACUGUGAAGAGGAACUUAUUAUUCAAUGUCUUGCAUGUGAUCGCUGGCUUCAUGCAUUAUGUGAUGGAUUAAAAAAUGAAGAUGAAACUGAGCGAGCUGCUGACUUUGGAUACAAUUGUAAAUUCUGUCGACCAAGAACAGGACAUCCAGGACCUUUGCCACCGCCACCACCACCUUCACCUCCUACACCAGAAGAAUUAAGGUCACCAACACCACCAUUAUUGCCACUGUUGCCACCUCCUAUACGAGAGCCAGAAAUUCCAAAGCGAUUCUUAAUGGAUGGAGUGUACCUUAAUCAACCUGGAAUUAAUUUAAUACAGACGUUAAUGGCACAGGUACCUAAGGUGAAACGUCUCCGUAAGAAGAAAGUUGUAGAACCAGAAAUAGUAAUGAAAUCUCAGCUGGAAGGACAAUUUAAAACACCAUCUAUUGCUAGAAUGCUUUCAACUCAGUCAUCAAUAGAUGGAGAUGAAGAACUAGAUGAGCUGAGAAUGUCAGUAGAUAGUGAGUCAACUAUGACCUUUGGAGAUACAGAUGACACUCUUCUUAGUCCCAUAGGCAUGCCUCCAGUCCCAAUAUUAGGUGGUGGAGAACCUGUGGCAGAAGAAAAGAAAAGAAGAAGGAGAAAUGUUGUUGGACUAGGUGUUGGUGGGUUUAUAGCCAGGCAAAGACAUCGUGCUCCUAACAAAAGUAAACAAGUUGAAGGAGGAGCUCCUGAUGGGGAGGAAGUUGGAGAGGAUGGCAUUGAAAAAGCAGCAAUUGAUCCUGACCAAAAACAAAGGCGAAAGAGGCAGGCCAGAAAAAAGAGCCAGUUAGAAAACAGCUUUCCUUCUUAUCUUCAAGAGGCAUUUUUUGGCAAGGAAAUUCUAGAUAAAAGUAAACUUGAUGCCAAACAAGGACUUAAAAUAGAUGCCAUGUCUGAGGAGGAACAAGAGGUCCCAUUUUCACCAAAGAUACCUGGAUUAGGUGGUGAAUCUGUAUUGAAUGACAGUGGACAAACACUAAAACAGAUGUUACCACCGGUGUCAAUAUCUAAAGAUCAUAAACUAGCUGAUAAUGACGAUAUUAUUGGUAAUAUUGAGGAUAGUGAUUUUAAAGAUAUUUUACCAGAUGACUUAUCAGAAUUACAUGUACCUGCUGACGAGGAUUUAUUCAGUAUUAUUGGUCCAGAAUUAACCAAAGAUGAUGAAUCUUUUGAAGAUGGUAGUGACCAAAACAAAUCAGAAUUACCAGGAAAUUUGGAGAGCAUGUUGAGCCCACAUAAUCUUGAUGUUGAAAAGAUGCUGUCUGAAGGUCUAGCUCAUAUUGAUGGACAAACUGUGGAAGAUAUUUUUAAAGGGGUACUUCAAGAUGGACAAGAGGGACAUGCAAAACAACCUGCAGAGGGCUUUAAUGAAGGUGUUGCAGGAUCUCAAGGUCCUUCAUCAGGAAAUUUCCCAGGGCACAUCCCUUCAUUUGCUGUUGAUCCUUCAGGAUUUGUUCCAAGCUUUAGUGGUAAACCAGGUCAUCCCGGGUUUCAAGAUCCUAGAUUUCACCCAGAAUUUCCUGACCCUUCUAAUUGGCCACCUGGAGCAGACGGAGACGAUGAUGAAUCAGACAGUGGCAAUAGUCGUCGUAAAAUCUUAAAAUGGGAGUGUGAUGAAGAGUUAGGUGCUAAUGCUACAAUAUCAGCUAUUCUGUAUUGUAACAUGAAUCAUAUUGAGCUACGUACACAGUUCCCAGAAUGGAAUGAACGGGUGAAGAGAAUUGCUAAAUUAUGGAGAGCUCUUAGUGCAGAUGAAAAACAACCAUACUUGCUGCAAGCCAGGAAGAACAGACAGAAUACAAAAGUCACAAAGGCUUUUGAUAAUGAUGUCAGUAAUGAUCUUAAAAAACAGAAGCAGAAAGAAAAAGCUGCAGCAGCUGCUGCAUCCAUGGGUCCACCAUUGCCACCAGGAAUGCCACCAGGGCCACCACCAUUCCCGCAGAGUUCAGAAGGUUCCCCAUUGCAGGAGAUGCGUAAAGCUGCUAGCAAUCCACAGAUAGCAGAAGGGAAUUCACCUGUAGGUCAGAUUCCCCCAGCAGGUGUACCAAGUAGUCCAAUACAUAGAGUGUACCAUGGUAAUCAGACAGAACCAAUUCAGAGACGUCCACAGGAUCCUUAUUCUCAACAGCCUUCAACACCAAUGCCUAUGGAUCCAAGACCACCAGGAAUGGACCCAUAUGCUCACCAACCAGCAACUCCUAGACCUUCAGAGCUUUUUGGACCACCAGGUGCUAAUGUUAGACCCCAGUCAAUUGGAACAGCUACAAGCCAAAGAGGAGAUUCUUUUUCUGCAGUUGCUUCUGAUCCAUUUGAUCAGUCCCCAACUGGACCAAGGUCUGGCACACACCCUGGCACACCACAGCAGUCCCCUUCUCACUGGCUAGGAGCAGCUCAGGAAUCAGAUCCAUUUGCUCAAUCUCCAAUUAAACAAAUACCAGAAGGUUUACAAUCACCAACAGGAAGGCAAGUACCAAAAUUACCUGAAGGAUUUUCACAGCCAAUGGUAAGACCUAAUAUGUCUAGACCAAACUUUGUUAGACAGACCUCUCAGGGUGAUCAUUUUGUUAAAAUGGCUCCUACAAGUCAGUCAGAUGAUCAGUUUACAUUCCAACCGUCUACACCUAGACCUGUCAGUGAAGCCUACAAACCACAGGGUUUACCACCUGGAAUGCCACCACAUGCUAUGCUAAGACAUCCAAGUAUGUCCAUGCCACCAUCUCCAAGUGGAGAUGUUCGUCCUCAGUUUUUGCAGCGAUCUAUGUCAGGUCCUGGAAUGCCAACAAUGCCCCCAGGUGUAGAGAAUUUCCAUAUGCAGCGUCAGCCAUUUAGACCACAUAUGCCACCCUCAUCUCAGCCAAUGGUACGUCCCCCAAUUGGUUAUGAUCCAUACAGUCAACAGCCUGGUACCCCUCAUCCUGGAAUAGAUCCAUCACGAGAACCUUCAGUGUUACAGCAGAUGUUUGCUGCUGCCAGUAGACGUCCCACACUUUUUCCUUUUUCCGGAAUGUUCUCUUCUUUCAUGCACCAAAACUAUGUGGUACCUGAUAAGCCACCUCAAGGGGACCAGAAGCAACAGUUGCGAGAAAUUUUAGCCCAGAAAAGCAAAAGCAGACAGAAAAAGAAAGAACAGUGGCCUGAUGGGACACCAGGACCUGGACAAUUUCACCCAGAUGAAAGAUUCCCUGUACCUCAGGUACCUGGAAUGCCACCUUGGCAGGGUCCACCAGUGAUGGGACCUCCACCACUUCAUCCACAACAUAUGAAACCAGAGAUGCAAAUGAGAAUGAGGGGACCAUUUCCUGAGGGGAUGCGACAAGGAGUUCCUAUGCGACAACCAAGACCUGGUGGACCAAUGCAAGGACCACCUGGACCUUUCUCCCCAAAUAGACUACCUGGACAGGUAUUACAACCAGGUCAUCAUCCUCAGAAUCAACUGGAAAUGUACCAUCAACAGAUGCAACAGCAGCAGCAGUCCACACAACCACAAAUACCAGGCCAGAUACCCAUGGGGUACAGACCACAAGACAUGCCAAUACACCCUGGACAUCCGGGACAUCCGGGACACCCAGGACACCAACAAAGAAUGGCAUUUGAUCCAAGUAAAGUACAACAAAUACCACCAUCCUCUGUAGGCAGUGCUCCAGAAGCUUCUGGUUCUGAGCCCCAACAGAAAGGAUUGGAGUCCAGAAUAGCAACUGAAUCACAAGUUGGUCAGAUACCCAGAGGACCUAAAACAGAAAUGACUAGACCAAAACUGUCCAUGUCAUCAUCAGAUGAGAAAACAGAGGAACAUGAUAAUAUUGAUGAUUUCCUAGAUUUGGAUGGAUCAUUUGAUAUUCUAAAGUAUGCUGACCCAGAACUUGAUUUAGAUUUAGAAGGAAAAACAAUAUUUGAUGACCUUGAGGAUGAACCUGUUCCAGACUCUGAAGAUAAAGGUCACGAUGAAGGUGCCAGUAAACAAAAUAAACCAAAAAUAAAUGAAAAAGGAGACAACAUUAAAGUUGAAAAUGUACAAAGCAAGCCAGAAAGUGAUUUUCAGACCAAAUUUUUAGAAUUUAGUCAGAAGAAACCAGAUGAUCAAACUAGGGCUAGUAAUUUAAGUGAAACUGAAAAAAGUAAGCAAGAGAUAAAUCAUAUUGCAGCAUUAUUACAAAAGACUGAACAGAUGGGUCAUAAACUAGAACGUAGAGAUUCCCAGAAAUCUGAUGGAAGUGGAAAGGAUCAUACUGGUCCUAAUACUCCAUCAGGUAUGAUUGAUCAAGUUGGAAAUAUUCCACCACAAGGAAUGUCUGUAGGACGACAAGCUUAUCAGACAAAUUCACCAAUGCACCCAUCAUUUCAAGCAGUGCCAUCACCAGGAUCUGCAAGUGGCAGUUUUCAACAAGGUCCAAGCACUCCUGGACUGGUAUCACCUAAAAUCCUGCCAUCUCCUCGCAGUUCAGCUCCAUCGCCGAAAACCCCUAAUGCUUUAUCGCCUUUCAGUCAACAACCAUCAACUCCAAAUGUAUCUGGUCAGCAACAGUCACCAUUUUCACAACCAACUAAUUCUCCUUUUUCUCCAUCUGUUACUUGUUCUCAGUCACCUUUUAAUGCAGCAGCAUCAACCUCUGCACCUCAGUCACCUUAUGGGCCUACUGUGUCACAACCUCCAUAUGGGCUUCCUCCAGGAAGUCUACAGGCAGCCUUCGGUACACAGUCUUCACCCAUGACCUCCUCCCAAAGUCCUGGUCAGAGGUCACCUAGAGGUACCAUUACACCAACUAACCAGUUUAUACAGGGAGGACCCUAUGGAAAACCCUCUGUACAGGUCUCACAACAGGGUGCCAGUCUUGGGCCAUCACCAAAUAGCAUGAUGUAUGGACAAGCCAUGGCUGGUCAAAGGCUUCCUUACACAGGUGUUACAAGUGAAGGAUAUGCUACAGAUGUUGAUCCAAAUAUGCAUGUUAUACAGUCAGGACUAAGGAUGCCAAUAUCAACAGUCCAAAGUACCAUGCCUUACCAACCAGGUCCUGAUGGAAUGCCACGGUUCCCUGGACAACCACAGCUGAGAGGACAGGGAAUGCCAACAGGAUUCCCUGGUCCUCCAGGACAACCAGGUAUGGCAGGAUUUCCACCUGGAAUGAGAAUGAGACAGCCUUCACCAGGAAUGGCAUCUCCAGGGGUGACGAUACCAACUUCAAUGAAUCCAUCAGCUAGACCUGCAUUAUUACAGGAGCAACCAUUACUUAUUCAAGACUUACUGGAAAAGGAGAAACAAGAGCAGCAAAGACAGGCACAACAGCAGGCAAUGAUGCACCGAAGGGAGGGAGGUCCUCCGGAAGGCAUGAUAAGUACUGGACCACAACAAAUGUCUGUCCCUGCAGGAAUGGCUGCUUUUAGACCUAGAAUGAUAGAACAAAAUGUGAUGCAGAGGCAUCCAGUGGAUCCUAACUGGAUAGGCCCAAGGAUGUUUGCACAGUCUCCAGAUGGUCAGCCACAAUUUCAUGCUCGCAUGCCAGGACAACAGAUGGGUCAAGGACCAAGGCUUCCAGCACCAUUCCCAGGUCAGGGAAUAGGUCCUCAAGGGAUACCACCCCCACCUCAGCCUCCUCUCCCACCAAUGCAGGGUGAGGUUAGCCCAGAGAUAGAAAGACAGCAUGUACAGUAUGAAGACUGGCUUAUGAAACAUUCUCAGUAUCUAGAGAUGCAAAUAAAAGCAUUAGAGACACAAAUAGCAAAAUGUAAACGUACAAAGAAAGCUAUCAAUGCUAGAAAUAGACAGGCUAAGAAGAUUGGUAAAGAACUUCCACCAAAUGAUCAGAUAGAACUAGAAAGAACUACACAGGAACAAACCAUGUUACAGAAACAACUGGAAGGCAUGAGGAAGCAGCUACGUCAUCAUCAAAUGGUCACGCAGGAUUACAGGUCAAAGAAAAGGGAAAGGUUUGGUGAACCACAAGUCUCAAUACAGCCACCAGAAAAUCAGCCAACACACCUACAACCAAGAAUUCCUCAUAAUGGUUCAAAUAGACUACCACAGUCAGUACGGCAGGAGUAUGAUGCUUACAUGAUGAAUAAAUUGCGUCAACAGCAAAUGACUGGACAACAGCCUCCAAUGGCAGCAGCAGCACCACGCCCACCUGUUCAUAUUGUCGAGUAUGACCCAGAGAAAUCACCCAAAAAGUCAUCUAAAGUCCCUGUGGCAAUUAUACAGGAUAAUAAUCCAUUUAGUGAAGGAUAUCAAGAACGUGAGAAAUUGGUGAAGGUCCACCCAGAACCAAAUCUUCCUCCUAUGUCAUCUGCAGAAACAGGGGACCAGUCUGAUAGACCAGUUCCAUUUUAUGGUGAAAGAACUAUGUCAUAUGAUCAAAGUAUACGUCUCCCAGCAUCAUCAAGUGGUGAACAACAAAGAUACCAUCUUCAAGGUCCAAGAUUUCUAGAUCCAAGUUUGAUGGGAGAGCAAGGUGCAAGGCCACCAAUGCCAACUGGUUUCCCUGGACCACCUAUGGACCAGACAAGGAUGGUCUACAGACAGGGGGCUCCUCCAUCAUAUGGACCAGGCUAUGGACAACCACCCAUUGCUAACCAACCAGACCUCAGCAUACCUCUUGAGGCAGAAAAGAAACCCAAGAAAAGGAAAAAGAAAAAGAAAGCCGAGAGUCCUGCACAUAAUCAAGCUCCUUUGGAACCAAGGCCUCCUGUUCAUUUCACACCACAGUCAGAAACAGAAAAACGUAUCAUGGAAAUUCUUGAAAGUACAGCAGGACUACACCGUAGACAACAGGAAGAGAAACAAGAGACAGAGAAAGAAUCGAGUAAGCCUGGAACCCCGGGUAAAUCUGUAGCUCAAAAAGAGACAAAAAUUGAGACAACACAUAGGGCAGCAAACACAGCCACUACACCCUCCUCAACACCUGAACCAUCAGCUUCAUCAGCGGCUAGUUCUAAAAAUAGUGAUCAACCAUUAGCAUGUAAAGUUACUCAGGGUUCAGGUUCUAAUUUGAAUUUACCAUCAAGUGCAGAACUGUCAAGAGAGUCAGAAGAUUCACAAGAUUCUGAACCUAUUUUACCUAUGAAUGUCAUGAUACAUCAGCAAAGCAUGCCACACAGGGUAACAAUGCCACAGAUGUUUAAUGCUGCUGGUGUGCCACAUGCAGCUGUUUCAAAACCAGAAAGUCAACAGUUAUCUGAAAUGAUUCAGACAGAGGAAACCUCUCGAUCAAGUUCAAAUAGCCCAAGAGUUUUACCCCAAUCAAACAGUCCCAGAAUUCCUACUCCACAGUCUUCAGACAUGAUGAGAUCAACUUCGGGAAGUCCAAGAAUUCUACCAACUCAGGAUGGAGCAAGAUCCACUUCCAGUAGUCCAAGAAUUCCUCAGUCACCAAAUCAGCGACCCCCUCCUGAUUUGUAUCGUCAAGGUGUACCUUAUCGUCAUCCUCCAGUUCCUGAAGGCUAUAGGUCAGGGUCUACAAGUCCACGGGUUUUGGAUGCUUCUUUACAGAAAUCCGCCACAAGCCCAAGAGUUUCUAAUGCACCAUCUCCAAAAGAUAUUCAAAGAACUAUCCCUAGUCCUCGAAUGGACCCACAGAGACCAGGAUCAGCAAAUUCUGAUAGUUCAAGAACAGGAAGUCCUAGAGUACCCCCAAGUAUCUCACCAGCAGGACAUAUGCACUUCUCUGCUGAUCCACAACAUCAGGGUAUGCCUGGAAUUCAACAAUCUCAUUUUAUGUCAAGAACUUUACCUCAUCAGAUACCACCUCGUGGGAAAUCACCUGGAAGGGUUUCUCCAAGGCAGUCUCAGCCUUCACCUAUUUCAGAUACCCAAAUGAUGUCACAAUCUCAAAUGUUAACUCAGUAUCCUGGUAGAAAGUCACCAGGACAAGGCUUUGCGCCUAAUUCUAUGGGAAGAGGUAUGCCUCCAUACCCACCGUCUACUCUGCCUGUAAGUUUUCAUAAUCAAGGUGCCAGUAAUGCAUUCAGACCGGGAAUGAUGCAACACUCUACUCCAAAUAGAUUUCAACAGCAACCUAAUUUUCGACCUCAGUUUUCCUCAGAACAACAACAACAGAGACCAAUGUCACAGAGGUAUAUGUAUCCAUACCCACAAUCUGUGACUUCCUCAUUAGCAGAAUCCACUUUAGCUCAACUACCAAGGUUUACAGCCAAGGUAACAUCAGCUGAGUCGGGUACUUCUCCGACAAGUCAGUCUGCACCAGUGUUAUCUUCAGGAAAUCAACCAUCAGAGUCGGAGCAGACUGGUUUUAACCCAUCUGAACCAGCAAUUCCUGGAUUAAGACAAGAUAAAAAUAGCUUAAAUCCUACUGAAUCUUCUAUACCUAGAUCAUCUCAUCAUAUACAACAGUCAUAUAUUCCUCAAAGUACAACAAACAUACCACCAAAUUCCAAUCAAAAUGUGUUACCCACUUCUGUACAAAUGUCACAGACUCCAAUGGGUUCUUUACAGACAAGUACAACAUACUCAGCUAUGGGCACAAUUUCACAUGGACAAAUCCCAUCAACCAAAGUGUUUGUUUCAUCUUCACAGUCCAUUGUCUCCACAUCACAACCAAUAGAAGGGCAAAGCAAUACAACUUCUAGUCAUAGUAUUAGUCAAACUACCACUUCAUCAAGUAACGAUAGCAGCUAUAAAGAGAUUACUUCAGGUACAGAGGAAGGUAAACAGUCGUCUGUUAGUAAUACUCAGACAACUGUUAAUGAGACUAGUCAAGCACCAAUGACAUCAGGGGUUUCAACAAGUUCAUCCAAUCAGACAUUAGAAUCUAAGGAUGUGGUUAAGGAGGAAAACCCUUCUCAAUAAUACUCGGCUGAAUGUGUUGUUCAUCUGAAACUAUUAUGUGAUUACGGUCUAUUAAACAGUUUAAAAAAGAAAUAAUAGUAUUAGGAUUAGAAAAGACAUUAUCUCAUAUUUCAAAUUUAAGAUGGGAUCUCAUAGACUACACAUUAAAUGGCAACUAUGUUUGUGAAUAGGAUGUAGUGAGUUAUUUGGACAUAUUAAAUGGUACAAAUGUUUGUGAAUAGGAUGUAAUAUACUAUUUGAAUCAAAAGAAGGAGAACUUUAAUGUUUAUGUCAUUUUAUAUAUUUAUUAUUACAAUGAAUUGGAAAAUAUAUACCAUGUGUGUUGGAUCUGAUUGUUUACCACAUUGCAAGGACCUUGGAGUGCAUAACUCAGUGCUGGAUGGUUACAUAAGUGCUGCGUUGAUCUAGGAUAUAAUGAUUUAUAAAUACAUUUCAAGUGAUGUGUUUGAAUUAGACUAUAAAAAGCUACAGUUGAAGAAGUCAAUUUCAAAGAAAUAUUCUCGACAAGUUUAAAUUCAAAGGACUAGUCAGUUCUGUGUAUUUUCUUGAUGACAUGUCAUAUUAAACAGAAAAUUCCUCGACUUCAUAUGGGAUGUAGUUUUUUGUCUGCAGCGUGAAAUAGAAACUGCUGCAGAUUCUCAUUAACCAUUAGAUGACAAAGAAAUAGUUGUUUGAUAGAAAUGUUGUAUAUGUAUUAUUUAUGUUUGAAAAAGAAAUUUUUAUAUUGUGUUUAAAAAUUUAUGCAAGAAAGAGAUGUUUAACUUUUUAGAAAUAUUUAAUGUGAUGGUAGAUAUUUUUUCUCAGAGAUGCUAUACAUUUUGUUUGUACAUGGCUUUGUUUGUGAUGAAAUAUAUGUUUUUUGAAUAAGGAGAUUAUCAUGCAAGGUAGUCUAUUUGUGGUUAUUUGUUUGUUAUACAUGUUUUUUUGUAUGAUUGUCCUAGUAAAUUUUAGUGAU